AUCGGACUUUCUUUAUAUAUCCCCAUCACUUUAUUCUCUUCCCCCCCUCUUCUUUCCCAUUCUUAUAACCCCAAUGGAGCGUUUCUCUGACAUGGAAUUGGAAAGGGAUAGCGGCGGCGAGGACGGCGGCGGCGAUUGCCCCUCUCCUCUGUCUUUCCGGUACCUUGAAAUCGAGAACGGGAAAGAAGACCGCCAGCCCUGGACGCCGUCCCCGCCGCAAGACGUGUUCUACUUCUUCUCCGAUUUCCCGGCGGUGGAGAAACACCGGAUGAGCGAUUCGGCCGUCGAGAUCAACGGGACCCAGAAAUGGGAUUACUUCCGGUCCCACUCCUUCAGCGGGAAGAGGGAAUCAUCCGGGUCGGGCUCGGAGCGGUCCCGCUCCGAUUCGCGGAAGGUGAAUAUAAGCUCCCUGACCACCAUGUCGGCGGCGUCGCGGCGGCGGAUGUUCAUGUUCGGGCCGGUAAGGUUCAAGCCGGAGAUGGAUCUGGUCGCCAUCAGGGAGAGGCAGCGCCGGCGGCUCUCUCCCAAGAGGGUGUUGCCAUCCGCCGCGGCGGAUGAAGGGGUGGUUGAUGAGAAGGCCGGUGGCCGCCGCCGAUCGGAGCGGCGUGGAGCUGGGUCCCGCCUGUGGGCCGCCGUAGCGAAACGGCUUAGCUGCUUCAAAGUGGAGUCAGUGGCGGACUAACCACGUUUUCACUUUCUCGAUCAGUGGCUUUCGAUCUAUCAGAGACACCAUCCGAUCCCGUCGUAUUACCGGUCGGUACGGCGGAGGCAGGGUACAUUUUAAUGAAUUCCGGUCGUCCCG